AUGUCUCAGGAUCAUAGUCAAUGCCGCUGUAACACAUUUCAGACAAUUCUUCAUACUGCAAAUUGGGCGAAGCUUUGGCCAGAGGAAAGACUCGAGGCAAGCUCCAAACCCCUCUCGGACCCGAGUAGCAUCAUGGAUACGGCCAAUUUCAACAUGGGCCAGUACCGAAUCUCCUGGUGUAUCCGAGGCGACAAUACCCCGGAAUACGCCGACUACCUUCGGUACCUGAAUUUCUGGGAAUUGUUCCGCGAAUUUCCCAAAGGCAAAACACUUGAAGUAUUCUACAAGGAAGCUCUCAGUUGA